AUGGCAAGUACAAAGUAUGAACUUCGAGAGCGGGAUGACAAUAACAUUCCAUCAUCAACGACAUCGAAAUCGUGUCUAAAUCUACAGCUUAUCCGAAAGUUUCGUCAAUAUCCCAUUCAUUCGGGAAUAAUUGUCGCUUUAUCGAUUAUCAUUCUAGUCGCGUUGAUAACAUGUAUUACUGUAUUCACUAAGGAUAGAACAUCACCAACAACUCUAUCGUUGAGUACAGCGACAACUUCAUCGCUGAGUACUUUGACAACAACAACGACGACGACGACAACAACAACUGUGACAAUGACAACAUCCACAUUGACAACACAAACUACAAGCUCAUGCAAUAAAUUUAUGAGACAAAUGAAUUAUUCCACCGGUGCUGGUUCUUAUCCACAUUCCGUAUCUGUAGUUGACAUUGAUCAGGAUGGAAACAUCGAUAUUGUUGUCGCAAAUAAAGGUACGAACAAUAUCGGUAUUUUUUAUAACAAAAGUGAUGCCAAAUUCGAUACUCAAGUUACCUAUCACACUGGAAAUAAGCCAUAUUAUGUAUCUACAGGUGAUUUUGAUGGUGAUCGGAAAGUUGAUAUUGCUGUCGCNCAUAUCUAUACUAGUUACACGACAAAACAAAAAAGUCGAUGA